AUGGAGUCCACUGUGAGUCAUGUUAAUAAUGAUGAAGACAUUACUAAAGAGAAUAAAAGAGAAAUUGAUAAUAAAGUGUCAAGGAUCUUAAAACUUAUAAAGAGCAGUGGCCAAGACAAGAAAGAAAAGAGUUCAGAAGAAUCCAGGAAAAGAUCAGAACUUAUUGGACUCGUUCAGGAUUUUCACAAACAGUACCAAUCACUCUAUGCACAAUACGAUGAUGUUCGAGGAGAAGCUGGAAAAAGAACCCGUGGCAGGAAAGAAAAAGAGAAACAAAAUGAAAAACAAAAUUCUUCCACUGCACCCAGCUCUGAUUCAGAGGAAUACUACUCCUCCGACGACAUAGAAAAUGGAGAUUUCAGGCACAGGCACAGCAGGGCAUCAUCAGACGUAGAACUUGAAACUGCAAAGUAUGAUGCAACUGGGCUGAGGCCUAUAUUGACACCUCCAGGAUUAGCUAAGGAAUCUUUCAACUUACGCUACAUGGGACCUCUGGGUAAAUCACCAAGGACAAGAAAGCGAGAACUUUCCAACCUUGUUAAGGCGCUUGAGCUUCAUGGGAAUCAAGCAACAGCUAAGGUAAAGGACUUGGAAGAACAGCAAAAUGGUCUCAGGAUAGAGCUCGAAUCUUUGCGUAGCUUGAAAACUGGGCUUGAAAAGAAGCUUGAAGAAAAAGAAAUGGAAGCUAAACAGUUUGGAGAGACAAACGUUCAACUGCAUUCACGGGUUUCAGAGCUUGAAUUGAUAUCAGAAGAUAAAGGAAAUGAAAUUUCUGCAAUGACAGUGAGAAUGGAGGAGAAUGAGAGCAAGUUGACAUCUAGGAUUAAAGUACUAAUGACAGAAGUUGAUAAUCUGAAACUGGAGAUGGAAACUUUAAGUGCUGAAAAAGCUGAACUGGAAGAAAGAAAAAGAAGUAAAAAUGGAGAAUCGGAUCCAGCUAAAAUCUUGCAGCAGGAAUCAGAAUCCCUUCACAGGGAGAAAACUGAACUGCAGCUUCAACUGGAUAUAAAAACAAAAGAAAUUACAGAAAACCUGAAUCUGAUAGAAACUCUAAAAGAGGAAAUAGCAAGAAAGGAUGUAUCUGAACAGGGCUUGCUAAAAGAGAAAGAAGGUUUAGCUUUGCAGAUAGAAGAUCUGAAAUUGGAAGUGUACUCUCUACAUGAACAGAACAAUGAACUAGAAGCUAGAAUUUCAGAAAUGGAGGAGAACUUGACUAAUAAAGAACAAGAGCUUUCUACAGUCCAGAAGAAAUGCGAAGACAAAGAGAAUGAAGCUUCUACUCAGAUUAUGUCCCUGAAAGCAAAGCUGGAUUCUUUGUUAAGUGAAAAGAGACACUUGGAGGCGCAAAAUGAGAGGAUAAAGCAAGACUGUGAACAUAGCCAAAUGCAGGUGGAAAAUGAAAUUCUGAAUUUAACAAACAAGAUUCAAGAACAACAGAAAACACUCACGGAAAAGGUAAAUAUAAUAAAGAAGUUGACUGGAGAGCAAAGAUUAACCAAACAUGUUUCUCCACAUUCCCAGAAACUACUUUCAGAAUCCCACAAGCUUCGAUCAAUGGAUUCUGCCAAGAUAAGUAAUCAAGUUUUAGAGAGAAAGAUAGAUGAAAUGGCAGAAAAGUUCAACAUGAAAAUGGAAAAUCAUAUUCGUCUCUUGUUUCAGAGAAUCCGAGUUGCAGAACAAAUACAUGUUGAAACAAAAGAUGCUUACAAGAAGAUGCUAGAGAAGCUUGAGCAAGAAAAUAAAGAACUCAAUGAAAAGAAAGCAGCAUACGAAGGUGAUCUCAUGAAGAUGAGAGAAAUGUUAUUUGAACCAGAAAACAAUUUACUGGCAGGAUUGGAUUCGAUGCUCAAGAAAAUAGAUGAAGAAAAUGGUAACUUCUUAAACCGCAUUUCCAGAAUGUCAAAGGAGCUUCAGCAUGCAAAGGAUUGGAUCACAGGAAAGAAUCAUGAGAUCAAGAAACUGAAACAUAAUGUGGAAACUUUAACUUCACAACUAGAUGAGAAGGAAGAAUUGGAAGAGGACAGGCUAAAAGUUGCAGACAAACUUGAGAGAAGGGUUGAAGAUUUAGAGCAGAAGCUGCAAGAGAGAGAUGAGAUUUUGUCAACUCUUGGCGAGGAGAAGAUAGAAGCCAUUAGACAAUUGUGUGUUUUGAUUGAUUAUCAUCGCCACAGGUACGAUCAUCUCAAAGAAGCAGUAUCAAAGAUGCCCAUCAAAUUCAAGAAACCAGCUUGA